AUGUCUUCAUCCGGUUCAACCUCCAAGGCCGCCGCGGCCAAGGAACAGUAUGACCUGUGCUUUAUCACCGAUGCCACGGGGUCCAUGGCAACCUAUCUAGCCGCUCUGCAGCAUUCUCUCCCGCAAAUAUUGGCUCUUAGUAACCUAACAUCUGCGUUUACUUCGAUUUCCAUUAUCGCCUACCGUGAUUAUGAUAACGAUAACCUUCGGUUCAAUCGUCAGAUCGAGUUUAGUGGCUGGCAUCACGUGGGCAUGCCGCAUACGAAUGCGAAGAAUAAAGUCGAUCUCAUCAAGUUUGCGAAGAAUAUUGAAAUCUGCGGUGGUGCGGAUUAUCCAGAGGCAUCGAAGAGUGCUGUUUGGACGUUGAUCAAGAAUCUUAAUCCGGGGAGACGGACUUUGUGUUUUUGGUAUACGGAUGCGCCACCACAUUCUGAAGUUAGUCGAUCAUGGGGUGGGCAGCGGCAGAAGGAGUUGGCGGCGUUGAAGAAACAUCCAAUCGGUAUGGAGUGUACUGAUUGGAUUUCUUGCUGUCGCCUUAUGGCAAAGCACAAAGUCCAAGUCAUGAGCGUCCUCGAUGGAUCCCUCGGCGUCCAUGCAUCUUGGUAUGUCAUCCUAAGCGCAGCUACCAACGGUGUAGCUGUUGCCUUGGAUAAAGUCGAAGCGCAUAGCAUUUCACUGGUGUCAAUGGACCUAUUAAUGGCAUGGCUCAAGCAAACCCCUCGAUCUACAACCGAGACGGGAGUCAUGGCUCUGAGCUGGCCAUCGUCUUUGGCAAAAAAGUUCAAGGCAGUUAAGGACGAAACCCCAAAGAACAGCGGUGGUUUCUUGCCAAAGUUCGAUAACGAUAAAGUGCUAGUGCAUUCUCUCACGAAGCAGCAAUAUGAUGUCAAUAGGGAUGUGCAUCAUCGACGAGAAGCUGUUCAGGACUUUGCAUUGCACUUUGCGCAAGACCCGGAAUACCAGGCUCUUGUAUAUGAAACGUUGGAGACCAUAAUCGAGUUUGAUGUCUCAACUAUUUCAUUGAACCCUGUAUUUGGAGAACUAUGGCGAGUCAUGUGUGCUGAAAGAAACUCCCCUCCUCGUGAUAAAGUCGUUAAUGCCUUCGCAGUUGCCGUAGGCAACAUGGCUGAUGGACCUAUCAAGAACAACAUGAAAGUUUGGCUUGAGGAAAGUUACAACCAAACUAAAGAAAUCGAGCGAAUCAUCGCUUCUGUCCCCGCGGAAGAUGUUUACCCAGCCGUUUGCAUCGAUCCUACGGAAGCAGGGGUCGGAGCAGCCCAUUGGAGCCGAGGUGAACUCCUUGAGAUAGCCCGCUCUUGUCAUCACACUGUCCUCAAGAGAUUAGGUAAAGUAUUAACGAAGUUGGUUUUUAUUCCUUCAAAGGAGGAAUGCCCAGAACAUUUGCGAGACGAUAAGAUCGUUGAGAAGAUUCCAUUUGUUCUGGCCAAUAAGGAGCAUAAGCGACAGUUUUGGAAGAUUCUGUUGCACCUUGUUCUUCCAGGCACCUACCUCUCUGCUCGAGCAGGAGCCUUAUUAGCAGCAUUAUGCACGAAAAUCGGUGUUCAAAUCCCAGGUCUUCAAGAAGCGGCUAGGGAAACAUUAGUUGCCUUCCGUGGAAAAUGGGCAGAUAUCGAAGUCGGAGAGAACUGGAGUUUAGAAUGUAUGCGCCUCUUAGUCCAUUGCGACGAAAAAGAUCGCAAGAACGGUAAAGACGGCAUUCUUACCGAUUUUGAGGUAUCGUUGUUCAAAACCCUCAAUGGAUACAAAUUGGCCGAACUCAACCUCGACACCGAGUUAGUUGCUCGCAUCCCUUUCACUCCAGAGAAGACAACAGGGUACGUCGGCCCACUCGUCAAGUGCCGCAAAUGCAAGCACGACCGCAGCGUAACCAUCAUGUCGAAGGAUGGAAUCUGUGGUCUCUGUACCGUGCCCUCCAAAGACUGGAAGAAUCCUAAGGAGCGAGAAGAUGCGAUUGCGAUCCGUGCUGAGACCGAACAAGGUGAAAAGACUCCCAGACACUGGGUUGAAUGUGGAAGCUCUGAAUGCCGCUGCGCAUAUGUUGUCUAUGACAUUGACAAGCUCAAUGUCAAGCCAAAGUGCCACUACUGCCGUUACCCAGCCGCGGGUAAAGCGCCAUUCGUCUCCUGCAAAACCUGUACCAACAGAGUCAUUUGGCCAGAAGAAUACCGUACCGAAGCGGCCAAGGACUUCCAAUGUGUUUUCUGCGAAGAAGGUCGUCCAACUAUCGUCGACCGCCCAACUACUGCCCGCGAACUUAACAAGGAAAAUACAGCCGCUUGGAUCAUUGGUCAGAAAGGCUUAACCAUCGGGUUCACAGGGAGAUCGAUUUAUGCUACAGUCAAGACUCACACAGCAGAAGUCCUUUACGACAAUAUCUCCAUCUUCCCACAGACGACUGAUCUCUCCCUUACCAUCCGCAAGAAGCCAAUUCAGAACGUAAACGAGUUGCUCGAACAGUAUCAGAAAUGGAUUUCAUCUAACACGAUCGAGUACAAGACUUGCAACCUAUGUUUUGACUCUUCAUUCAAACCCCAAGAUCUUCACGAAGCUUGCGGAAGACGUGGGUGUCAUAAUAAGAUCUGUACAGAUUGUAUCAAGAGUUGGUAUGGGAUGAAUGAGCCUGGUAAGGUGGUAAAUUUGAAUUCGUUGCAUUGUCCGUUCUGUAGACGAGAGCCCGCGGCGAAGAUUCUGAGGGGGUACGGAUUAAACGUUGCCACAUUAGCGGGGGUACAAGAGGCUGUCAAGAAAAGAGGAAAGUGGAUUUUCGGAUGGUGCGUCGAUUGCGACACAGCGAAGAUUUGGAUGGCGCGAGUCUGCGCACAAGGUGGCCAGCCUGCUGAGCUCAACGGAUUCGUGUGUGAAGAAUGCGAAGAAGAGAAGCGGAAGCCAGGAGAAAGGGAUAUGAAGCAUUGUCCGAAAUGCAGUGUUCUGACUGAGAAGAUGGCUGGUUGUAACCAUAUAACUUGUCCAUGUGGGCAGCAUUGGUGUUAUGUCUGUGGCAAAGCAUCGCUAGCUGGUUUGAUCUAUGACCACUUGCGACGAGAACAUGGUGGGCUUUUCUUUGCGGAUAAUAACGACGAUGACGACGACUAUUAA